AUGGUGCUCAAAAUAGCCGGCUGGGUGUUCAGCUUCGAGCAAGCGCGCGCAUGGUUAAAGAAGCAAGACCACCCAUACCAGCAUUCGCCAGACGAGUUCCUUGCUACCGAGCUCAAUUUCUGGUUCAGAGAGAAAAAUCGAUUAUCUCCAGUCAUCGUAUUGGCCCGAAGGCGCAGAGAAGAUCCCAAGUCGACGGUGUCCCGUUUCUAUCGCGUCAGGGAGUUGGAUGCGGACCGUGAAGUGAAGAAGCAGGUGUUAGAAGAGAGUGGACUGAAUGAUGAAGAUUUGCCUUGGGUCACUGUUGCGGAUCCAUUUUUUGAAUACUGA